GGAGCGGCUGGUUGAGCACCUCCUGGACCCAUCCCGCUACAACAAGCUGAUCCGCCCGGCCACCAACGGCUCGGAGCUGGUGACCGUGCAGCUCAUGGUGUCGCUGGCCCAGCUCAUCAGCGUGCACGAGCGGGAGCAGAUCAUGACGACCAACGUGUGGCUGACACAGGAGUGGGAGGAUUACCGCCUCACCUGGAAGCCAGGGGACUUUGACAACAUGCGGAAGGUGCGCCUGCCCUCCAAGCACAUCUGGCUGCCGGACGUCGUCCUCUACAACAAUGCCGACGGGAUGUACGAGGUCUCCUUCUACUCCAACGCGGUGGUCUCCUACGACGGCAGCAUCUUCUGGCUGCCCCCGGCCAUCUACAAGAGCGCCUGCAAGAUCGAGGUCAAGCACUUCCCCUUCGACCAGCAGAACUGCACCAUGAAGUUCCGCUCGUGGACCUACGACCGGACGGAGAUCGACCUGGUGUUGAAGAGCGACGUGGCCAGCCUGGACGACUUCACGCCCAGCGGCGAGUGGGACAUCAUCGCCCUGCCGGGGCGGCGGAACGAGAACCCCGACGACUCCACCUACGUGGACAUCACCUACGACUUCAUCAUCCGCCGCAAGCCGCUCUUCUACACCAUCAACCUCAUCAUCCCCUGCAUCCUCAUCACCUCACUGGCCAUCCUGGUCUUCUACCUGCCCUCCGACUGCGGUGAGAAGAUGACGCUCUGCAUCUCCGUGCUGCUGGCCCUCACCGUCUUCCUGCUGCUCAUCUCCAAGAUCGUGCCGCCCACCUCGCUGGACGUGCCGCUGGUGGGCAAGUACCUGAUGUUCACCAUGGUGCUGGUGACCUUCUCCAUCGUCACCAGCGUGUGUGUGCUCAACGUGCACCACCGCUCGCCCACCACCCACACCAUGCCACCCUGGGUCAAGGUGGUCUUCCUGGACAAGCUGCCCACCGUCCUCUUCAUGAAGCAGCCGCGCCAGAACUGUGCCCGCCAGCGGCUGCGUCAGCGCCGGCAGAACCAGGAGCGGGCUAGCAGCAGCUUCUACCUGCGGGAGAGCGCCCGCUCCUGCACCUGCUUUGCCAACCAGGCCACCAUCCAGAAGUUCGGCGCGGGGGGCGGCCGGCAGUUCACCGAGGCGGCUGACAGCGCCAAUGGCUACCGGGAGCGGCAGGGGCAGGCCCCGGCGCCCAGCCAGCAGUGCUGCUGUGGGGUGGAGGAGGCGGUGGAUGGGGUGCGCUUCAUUGCAGACCACAUGAGGAGCGAGGACGACGACCAGAGCGUGAG